AUGGUGGCUUCAGCUGUACGCGCUGGUCCGAGAGGGUAUCCAGUUGGUUCAUUCCCUUCUUCCUCUACCAAAUCAACAAGCCCAACAAAUGGAAGUCCGGGGAAUAACACUCCAACAAAUGGCAGCCCAACAAAUCAGGCGAAUAGUACUCCAACAAAUGACAGCCCAACAACUGACGGUCAGACGAAUGGCAGCCCCACGAAUUAUACCCCAACAAAUACCAAUUCAGUAGCUACCAACAGGCCUACAAGCGAAGCUUUUCAGACGGAAAGCAGCCUACCAAAAAGUACCCCACAAACUAACACCCCGCCAUAUACGAAUGACAGCAAAACGUAUGACCCCGGUCUCGUAAAUAGCGGUACAACGAGCACCAUACCCUCACCAAGCUCCUCGUAUACCACUUCUCCUCAACAGCCCUCCAGCGAACGUCAUCAAUCGAUGGCAGGUGCAAUUGCAGGCGGUGUAGUCUGA